AUGGCUUCCAAAGGAGCACAUGCUCUGUCACUUCGGAUAUUAGCAGAAUGUAAAACUACAAAAGCAAGAGCAACCAAGUUAAGGUUACCUCAUUUUGAAGUUGACACGCCCGUGUUUAUGCCUGUUGGAACUCAGGGUACUCUUAAAGGUCUUGUUCCGGAACAGCUCGAAGAACUAGACUGUAAAAUAAUGUUGGGAAAUACCUAUCAUCUAGGCAACAGACCGGGUCCGGAAUUGUUGGAGAAAGCUGGAGGUCUACACAAUUUCAUGAAGUGGAACAGAUGUUUACUGACGGACAGUGGAGGGUUCCAGAUGGUGUCGCUGCUGAAGUUAGCUGAGAUAACAGAAGAGGGAGUGAAGUUUCAGUCUCCACAUGAUGACUCGGAGAUGAUGCUCACCCCUGAAAUGUCUAUAAGAAUACAAAACGCUAUUGGUGCUGAUAUAAUUAUGCAAUUGGAUGAUGUUGUCCACAGUUGUGUGACUGGGCCCAGGGUGGAGGAGGCAAUGUACAGAACCAUAAGAUGGCUGGAUAGAUGUCUGAAGGCCCAUCAGAGACCACACGACCAGAACAUCUUUCCUAUUGUGCAGGGAGGACUGUACCCAGAGCUGCGCAGGAAAUGUGUUCAAGAGUUGUUGAAGCGUGAGGUUCCUGGUUAUGCUAUUGGGGGAUUGAGUGGGGGAGAGAGUAAAGACGACUUUUGGCGGAUGGUAACAUUGUCCACAGAAUAUUUACCGAAAGACAAACCUAGAUACUUGAUGGGGGUAGGGUUUGCUGUUGACCUUGUGGUGUGUGUAGCCCUUGGUUGUGACAUGUUUGACUGUGUAUUCCCUACCAGGACAGCUAGAUUUGGAAAUGCUUUAGUGCCAACUGGUAAUCUGUCACUGAAGAAUAAGAUAUAUGCUAAGGAUUUCAGUCCUAUUGAUGACCAGUGUCGAUGUUCCACUUGUAGACAGUACACUCGUGCUUACCUACACACCAUUGUAACUAAUGAAACUGUGUCCUGCCAACUACUUACUGUACACAAUGUAGCUUACCAGCUAUCCUUGAUGACUAAUAUACAAGACAGUAUCAUAGAAGACAGAUUCCCACAGUUCAUACAGGACUUCUUUGAUAAACAGUAUCCGGACACUGACUACCCACAGUGGGCUGUGGAUGCACUAUCAUCUGUUAAUGUCCAUUUAAAGAAAAGCUGAUGCUAGAGAAUGCAAAUAUAUGCAUUUCUAUGCAGUGGAAUUCUGUGUUGACUCUCAGUCCCUUUCUGUAGCAGUACUUUCUAUACAAACAACCAUUGUAUAGAAGAGAUAACACUGUGUAAUCAGGAAUUACUGUGAUAGACAGGCUGUCAGAUUAAACAGGUACACUGUAUAUGUAUAGAUAAAUUCUUGUAAUUACUACAGAAGAAGCUAGUUUGAGAAAUUAGUUUAACUGAUUCUUGCUAGCAGACGUUUCUGAGUGAGCAGAUUUUCAUGUCAGAGUUGUAAUCACUCUUCCUGGUAACAAUAUUACCUCUGAAAACUGUUCACUUUGCUGGGAUUUGUACAUGGUGUUAACAGAGACCUGAUAUUAUAAUCUGAGGAUGAUAUUCUUGUAGAAUAUCAUAUUAUGAAUGAUGCCUAUCCCAUGAUUCUCAUCAAUACAUUGUUUGACAAUGUAAUAAAGAGGGGAGUGCAAUAA